CUCUCUCUCUCUCUCUCUCUCUCUCUCUCUCUCAUUCGAUAGCCUCUCUUUUCUUGGUUUUCUCUCCUAGACCUAGAGCCUCUCUCUCUCUCUCUCAAGAGUCCCCAUCUCUAUAUCUAUCUUAUUUAUCUUCCCUCCUCUAUCUCUCUCAUGUCAACAACCCCAGAAAAAGCUCCAUUGACCGAAGAAUAUGAAGAAGAGACCUUCGCCACAUCCGGCUGCUUUUCUAGGUUCUUCUGUUGUGGAAAGAGAUGCAACAUAGGGAACAACGAACGCAUAUCUCUACUCCAAGGAGACUACAGAGAAACAUGGUGGGGGAAUCGCUUCCGACAACUAAAGGAGUUCUCAGAGCUAGUAUCAGGUCCGAAGUGGAAGACCUUCAUCCGUAGGUUCAACUGCCAUAGCAACCACAACAACAACAACAAGAACCGGAAACCCAACUUCCAAUACGACCCGCAGAGCUAUGCUCUCAAUUUCGAUGGCGGGGCCGAUCAGGAAGAAGAUGAACCAUGUCGUGGAUUCUCCGCACGGUUCGUCUCCCCAUCGGGGAAGUACACCGGCAACUUGGGCCGUGGACCAGCUGGCGUUGCGUUGAACCGGUGAUGAGAGUCUAUGUUUUCUAAUCUUGGAGUGACAUGGUCAGACAAGUCUGCUGCCUUUGGCGGUUUCCAUAUGCUGGUUGGGUAGCGCUUCGGCUUCGACCAAGGCCUUUUUCAACUGAAGUGGUUGAAUUUAAUUGGAUGAUGGGCUCUUGUCAGAUAUGGCCCCGCAAGUAUGUUUGAAAGUCAUCUUAGGCUGCUCUGACAAUGGUUUGCUGCCCACUUAAAUUCAACUGCAAGUAGAAGCAAUCGGGUGUCUAUUUGUCUUACUGUCAGACGAGCAUGAGCGUGCAGUUGUUCAUUUUUAUUUUUAUUUUUAUUUAUUUAUUUAUUUCCUUUCAUGUAAAGAAGAUUGUUAUGUGCAUUUGGAUCCAUUAUUCUUUGUAAUGUUAUAGUUAAGCCUCUUUUUUUUUUU